CGCCUCUCCCGCCGCCCUCCGCCUCGCCAGCCCCGCUUGGCUUACAAGCCGGCCGCGACCCCCGCCCCCCCUCCGCUUCCUCCCCGAGCCGCGGAGGAUGGCUGGUGGCCAGAAGGAUGGCAGCCCUGAGAUAUAGGGAAACAAAUGCUACCCUCCAGAGCAUCUCACUGGCCCAAUUGGAAAGAAAACUGGGGAGCCCUAGCACCUCUCCAUUGCUGUCUUGCAUAACUGGAGCUGCCACCUUGACAUUCUGCUGAUAUAAUUUAAAAUCCGAGGGGAUCAUUUGAAAGCAUGGAAGAGACAGAAGAAAAACACAGUACUCUGGAGGUAAUUCCUGAUGUUCGCCAUGAGAGCCUCAGUUGCAAGACCUUUCCAUACCUGCUGAUAAAAAUGAUCAACAAGUCCCGAUGGAAGAUACUUGGAGUAUUGGCUGUAUUUUUGCUGAUGGUGUGGUAUACGAUAUCCCGGGAAGAAAGGUAUAUACAGCUUUUUGAUUUUCACUUUCAAGAUGAAAAGAUGACUUGUCCUGUAAAAGAGAUAGAAAAGAAAGCUGCACAACUGAUAUCAAAUUACACACGGGAACCUCCACUGUUUUUACAGCUAAAGGACUAUUUUUGGGAGAAAACCCCCUCACUUUAUGAACUGCCUUAUGGUACGAAAGGAGCAGAGGAAAUUCUCCUACGUCUUCUAACCAUCACAAGCUUCUCUCUCCCCGAAAAUAUUGAAAGCUUGAAGUGCCGCCGAUGUGCAGUCGUUGGGAACGGCUAUCGGUUGAGAAACAGCUCAAUGGGAGAAGUCAUUAACAAAUACGAUAUUGUGAUCAGGCUGAAUAAUGCACCAGUCCAUGGUUACGAACGUGAUGUGGGCACCAAAACCACUAUGCGACUUUUCUAUCCCGAGUCAGCACACUUCAAUCCUCAGACUGAUAACAACCCAAACACAUUGCUGGUGUUAGUGGCGUUCAAACCCAUGGAUUUUUUGUGGCUGGAGACAAUUCUCCACGACAAGAAAAGAAUUCGGAAGGGUUUCUGGAAACAGCCUCCCUUAAUUUGGAAUGCAAAUCCUAAGCAAGUACGGAUUCUGAACCCAUAUUUUAUGGAAGUUGCAGCUGCUAAAGUGCUUAAGCUUCCAAUGAAGCACUUGUGGAAGCUUAGAGAGAAACCAACCACAGGAUUAGUGGCUAUCACCGUCGCCUUGCACUUUUGCGAUGUGGUAGAUAUUGCUGGCUUUGGAUAUCCCAGUUCAGACGACAAGAAGCAGAGUAUUCACUACUACGAGCAUGUCACAGUGAAGUCUAUGGCUUCUUCAGGGCAUAAUGUCUCUCACGAGGCAUUAGCAAUAAAACAGAUGCUUGAAUUGGGACUCGUCAAGAACCUCACUUAUUUCUGAUGUAAGAUGGACAGCCUUUAUGUUCACGUCGAGCUGGGCCUUGUGCCAGCAGGACAAAGCCCUUUGUGGCUGGCCCAUUCUAACAUAUAGCCGUCCCUUCCAUUCCAACGCUGACUGGUGCAGAGGCCUUGCAGUUCCCUGCAAACGGUGACCAGGCUGGAGGGAAGUGUACGGCUUCUAAAUGUGUUGACAGCUAGGGGUAGAAACAGACCUGUAGAGAACCUGGGUGACACCAGCAGCCGGAAGCAGGCGUCUUUCUUCCUUAUUGAGCACUUGCCCUCUACAGAAUCUUCUUCAUUUGAAUAGUUGCAGAAUUUUCUUUGCCAUCUAACUGAGAGGUUCCUGCAUUCACCAAAGGCACCUUUGGAAGAUGAAAGCUAAGUUGCUGUGGAUGGGCCUCAAAGAAGAUACGACGCAGUUUCCCAUGGUGAUAAAGUGAUUGUCCCACAAGGUUGUUUCAUUAAUCAUUUCCCCCUUCCUUGGUAAACCAAUAGAUGGGUGGUUGGUUUUUUUAUUUUAUUUAUCGUGUUGGAUGUUACCUAAUGGGCAAGAGGCAACUGAACAAAGGAUUAUUAGCUGUCUGCCACCUUGUUUCCCUGUCUAGAUGAAGAUGAGGCUAAAGUAUGCUGGUUCAAAUCUCUGGGCAAUGCAACCGUCGAGGAUGCCCAGGUAGAUAGUGAAGUUUAUUUCUCUCCCGUCUGAUCGGUUGGUUUUAGAGACCAAGUUGGAAAGGAGAGUACCCAACAGUAUUUGCUGGUAGUUUUUAUACUUAAAACAGUAGAGUUGAAUGGACAUUUAUUUUUAUUUUUUUUUCGGGCACAGGCUCGGGCACAAAACCCUUCUGUGAAGGACACGUUGUUUUGCCCGAGUAGCACAUAUCUGAUCUUAAAUAGAAGGAGUAGCUUUCUUUCCUUCCCAUCAAGUGGGGAUGACUACCCAACCAGAAUUGAUGGACAAUGCAAAAGAGCUAUCCUGGCCAAAGUUAAGCAGGAAAGGAAGGGCAAGAAAAGUUAAGAGAAGAAGACAAGGAGGUAUCUCUCUACCGAGAAGGAAUCGGCAGAACCCCAAAGCUGCGCAGCACUUUUGCCGGUCUGUCCCAUGGUUAGGAAGGGGAACAAGGUCAUUCAGGACAAAGGCUAAUCUCAGGGGCCUGAAAAUGAAGGUUGUUUUGAAGUAAGUUGCCUUUUCCUAGAGGCAGGGGAGGGCAAGGGGGUCCAGGCAUUUCAGAUGUGCCAGUCUGGUUAGGAUUGGAUGUGUUCUCUUCUUCCCCUUUAAUCUCCAAUGUGGGAUCAAAGUGUAUUCACUGUAUAUCUGAUGUAUUAAGUGCACUUGUCAAUCGAAAGCUCUGAUUGGAAUAUUGGAGACCUGGCAAUCUUCCGUUUCUCCCUCGGGACGGAAUCAACCGCAUAAGGUACAAGACCGCAAGACCACCUCGCUGUACACCAUCUCCAUGUACUUGUGCAGCCAACGUGCCUUAGCCAUCUUCGCAAGUGCCCAGCUUCGAGGGGCCUGCUGGCAAUGCAAAACUCCAGCGGCUGAGACCAUCUGAUUCAUUGCUAAGAAGAUGGAUUGCUGAGAAGGACUGCCCUGUGGACUUGACAUUUAAGACAGAGUUCCUGAUUCCUCCUUGGAAAUAGGGAGGAAGAAGGGAUUGCUUAUUAAAUGGCGAUUCCAAGGGGCGAGAGGGUGGGAGUUGAAUCCCACGAGCAAGUGUUGGAAGUGUCUUUCCUGGCCAAGCGAUACAGCAGUGUUAAAUAAUUUAAUAAAUUUAAUUUAAAACA